AUGAGGUCUUAUUCGUGGGUAAUUUUUGCCCUAGCGCCCUGCUUUGUAGAUUCCACCGCCAUCGGGUACUCAGAUUCAACACCGUCAACCGUUGCCAAUUCUUCACUAAGCUUUGGAUCUCACUAUGCCGUACUGAAUCUGGAUCUGAUUAAUGCGGUCGUGGGAAGUAUAAACACAACGUCAAAGAGGCAAGCAUUUAUUAAGAACACUGCUAAAUGGAUUGACGCAGUUCACAAGCAGUCUCCUCCUCCGAUCAGCAUCUUCAGUCGUGUAUAUGCCUCUAACAGCCUCAUGCCCGAGAUCUCUACAUCUUCACCCUUUUACAGCGCCCUUGCUGGUCUCGGGAACAUAACAGAGUCUGAUGUGGAAACACAACUCUACCCUGCAUUCAAGCCACUGCCCGAUUACGACGUUGUUUUGCAGAAAAUACGGUACUAUGCGGGGACGGGUAACACGUUGGUUCAAAUCCUGCGCAAUCAAAAGAUUGACACCGUUAUUCUGUCGGGCGUUCGAACUUCAGGUGUGAUGCUCAUAACGGCUCAACGCCUCUUCGAUCUUCAUUUUAAUGUAUAUGUCAUUGCGAACAACACAAUUGAGACGGGAAGUGACGCGGCAAUAAUCAACGAUGCAAUUUUGCAGGAAAUUCUUCCAAAGAUGCCACUUGAUGUUAUUACAGUGGAGCAGGCUAUAGAUGCCUUGCUGCGCUCGAAGGCAACAUAUUACUAG